AUGAAGAUUUCAGCAGCCGUACCCGAUAUGGUCCGGAACCGAGAUAAAAAUCUAGCCACAACGCAGCAACAACUCGGCCAAGGGAUCGCUGCCGUCAACAGGGCCAUGGAUAUACUAAUUAAAUGUGUCGAUGCCAACGGAAUCGAAGCUAUGAAACACCUCAGUAACGGCUGCCGCAUUCUGUGUGACCUCCAUGCGUCAUCUACUCAGAGUCGCAUAAAACUCAUCACUCCUAGUCUCGAUAAGACGUUCUUGCAAGUUAUUCAAGAUACAGAACGUGAUGAUACCCUAUUUGGCAAUAAAUUGGGCGAAAAAAUCAAGGCGGCUAAGACCAUUGAAAAACAAGGUCUUCAAAUCAAGAAAACGUCCCCAAAGAAACCCACGCCAGCACAGCCGUCGACAAGUCGAGCGUCAUACUCGGGAAACUGGUCAGCGCCCCCUCGUUACGCGUCGAACAGGGGGGGGGCGGAGAGGUGCUCGCAGGCAGACGAAUUACACCCGUCGGACGUUUCCAGCUCCACAAGCGGCCAAGACAUCUCCCGCGACCAAGACACGUGCCCAUGCACCGUAACGCAGGGACUGCCAUCCCCUACACAAGGGGCUUACCCUGGGGGUCGCGAAGCUCUGCAACAGUCCUUCAGUCGAAGAGGCUCCCCACCAGAGGCUAUAACACUGAUGUUGGCAUCACUCUCCGACAAAACAAUACAACAAUACGAAGUUACAUAUAAGCUCUGGUGGCAAUUUUGCACCGUUAAUUCUAUUGAAAUUUUCAAUCCCCCAAAAUCGACAAUAUUGUCUUUUUUAACAGAACAAUUUAACAAAAAUUGUGCAUACGGCACACUGAAUAGUCACCCUUCAGCCUUAUCCUUGUUAUUGGGAGACAGUGUCGGUUCAGACGAUUGCGUGAAACGCCUUCUUAAAGGGGCGUACAAACAAAGACCGAACGGUCCCAAGUAUAACCAUACAUGGGACCCUCAGGUUGUUUUAAACCGUGUCUCUCACUGGUAUCCAAAUACAAGUAUAAGCCUGGAACUAUUGUCGAAAAAAUUAGUUACAUUACUGGCCAUAUGCACAGCGCAUAGGGUUCAAACAUUAUCGCUUAUAAAAAUCGAAAAUAUUGUUAUUACCACAAACGGUGUCAAAGUUGGAAUCACGGACAUAAUUAAAACAUCAGCUGUCGGGCGAGAGCAACCGGUCCUCUUCCUCCCAUAUUUUAAAGAUAAUGUUUCUAUAUGCCCUGCUACAACUCUCAGAGAUUAUAUUUUUGUAACAAAAAAUAAGAGAGUUGAUAGCAUAGGACGUUUGUUAUUGACAUACAAGACUCCACAUAGACCUGCAACUUCUCAAACCAUCAGCAGAUGGAUUAAAAAUGUUUUGUCGGAAAGUGGCAUCGACAUGACAGUGUUUAGCGCGCACAGCGUGCGCCACGCCGCCACGUCGGCCGCGAGCCGCGCCGGGGUCAGCGUCGACACUAUCCGCCGCACAGCAGGCUGGACCUCGGCGUCUACGUCGUUUGCGCGGUUCUAUAAUAGGCCACUAUCGGAUGAAGGACUCUUUGCGAGAUCUGUUUGCUUGCCGAAUACAAGUGACAAUCCUUAGAUAAUAAGAUUAUCGAUCAUAAGUAGAUGAUUUUUUGAUUAUAUGAACAAUUGUUAAUAUUAGAUGACUGACCAAUAAGGUCACGUCAAAGAAGAAAAGAAAUAUACCUAUUGAUUUCGUGUCUAUAUACCUAUAGUUUCAUUCCACCUUAAGCAAAACUUUAAGACUCUAAACAUCUACCUGGUAAAUGUUAUAUCUGAAGAAUGAAACGAACGAAAUAUAAUAGAUGAUCAAACGAACUUCUCGAGCGAAGUUCGAUCACUAUUAUAUGAGUCGUUUCAUUCGAAGAUAUAAUAACCCUCCCUCCCUAAUACGACCCUAAAUUUAAAAAGGUUUGCGUUUUCUCUAAAGAUAAUGAGCAACUAUAACGGUGGAACGAACGGAAAGGGUAGGGGAACGAAUGACUGAACUAAAAAUCAGUUCAAUAGUCAAUUGACUGUCUCUUAAUAUCGUGCAAAAGUCGCCUGUAGGUUUAAAGGACUACCUGGUAAAUGUUAUAUCUUCGAAUGAAACGACUCAUAUAAUAGUGAUCGAACUUCGCUCGAGAAGUUCGUUUGAUCAUCUAUUAUACCUAUUAUAUAAGCGGUAUAAGUGACGGUAGUCGACUUAAACUGUAUUCAAUAAUUGGAUUACAAUGGCUGGAUAGGAAAAUACUGUAUUUUAUCGCUGUCGAUAAGUUCCGUACAGCGACAAAUUGCCGUGCACCGGUAAGACACGUGACAGAGAUAAAGCAUAACUAAUGGUGGAGCUGCAGCCUGGGUAAAAGCUUCAGAGCUGCCCUACUACUACGACCAUAGUAGAUUUUGUAGGUAUCUUUUAGGUGUAGGUAGGAAAACUUAGCUAAAUGAAACCUUUCUUAUCUGUACAAGUAUAAGUUCAAAUAGGAGAUAUUCCAUAAUAAGAAGCGCUGGUGGCCUAGCGGUAAGAGCAUGCGACUUGCAAUUCGAAGGGCGCAGGUCCAAACUCCGGCUCGUACCAAUGAGUUUUUCGGAACUUAUGUACAAAAUAUCAUUUGAUAUUUACCAGUCGCUUUUCGGCGAAGGAAAACAUCGUGAGGAAACCGAUUUAAUCCCAAUUAGGGCUAGUUUACCCUUCGGGUUGGAAGGUCAGAUGGCAAUCGCUUUCGUAAAAACUAGUACCUACGCCAAUUCUUGGGAUUCAAGCGGAUCCCAGGCUCCCAUGAGCCGUG